AUGCUCUCGGGCCAACGUCGAAUAGGCAAAAUUGACGUCCAUCACCACAUAUUCCCGCCUUCUGAGAUAUACGACAAGCGAGGCGAGAAUGCACGCGUAGGUUGGCGCACUCCUGCCGAGAAUUUACCAUGGACGCCGGAGAAGAGUAUCGAAUUCAUGGAUACCUUUGGAAUAGAGAAGGCCAUUCUCUCUUACCCUGCCGGUUUCCCUCCGAGCACCGGUCCAGACGCGACGAAGAUUGUCCGGAACGCAAAUAUGUAUGCAAGUGACCUAUGCAAGAGGCAUCCUAGUCGAUUCGGAUUUUUCGCUAGCUUACCCCAGCCCAGUGAUCCUGAGGUCCUAGCUGAACUUGAUUAUGCAUUGGACGUCCUCAAAGCUGAUGGAAUAGCGCUUUCGAGCUCCUAUGGUGCGGGCUCAUCGGCCAAGUAUGUGGCAGACGAGACAUAUGACUCGCUCUGGCAAGCUCUCGAUGAUCGACGUGCUACAGUGUUUUUACACGGUUGCAUGACUCCUUCAUCGACGCCAUAUCCUCACGAAACCUUGGGGCUACCCGUCUGCGAGGUGCCAAACGAAACGUUCAAGGCAGCCGCUCAUCUGGUCGUUACGGGCAAGAAGCGCAGAUAUUCCAACGUGACUAUCAUCCUUGCGCACCUUGGAGGUUGCACGCCAUUCCUGGCGCCGCGGGUCGCAGUCCUAUCAAAUCAUAUGGGUUGUCAGCUGUCACCUGAAGAGAUCAUUAAUGAUUUCAAGACGUUCUACUACGAGACAGCGCUGAGCGCACAUGAAUCGACGCUGGAAAUGGUGAUGCGUUCCGUUGGACCUGAGAGGGUCUUGCUCGGUACAGAUUUCCCAGCUGUCAGCGAGCGAAUGAUUAACUGGUACAACGAGCAACUGAUCGAAUUCCUCACCCCCGAUGAAGCUGUGGCGGCGGCAGUUCUACGAGAUAACGCCCUUCGUCUCCUGGCACAAUCAACGUAG